UUGAGUUUUCUCAAUUUAGAAGUUUGGUUUGCGCGAUUGCUUUCAAUCUUUAGGCUGUAAUAUUUUACUAAAUAUAAUAAUUUAAAGUAUUCUGCUACUUGCUAUAUCCAAUAUGUUGUAAGCUUCAGUUUAUAAAAACAAGUGCUUGGUUUUGUGUAUUUCCAUCUGAUACGGAAUUUUCUGAUUACGUAUCACCAUGUCGGCUCACGAGCAAAUGAGGGCAAUGCUGGACCAAUUGAUGGGCACUGCUCGCAAUGGUGAAACCGAUCGCCACGGAGUAAAGUUUUACGACGAUGCAGUUUGCAAAUCAUUUUUAUUACAAUGCUGUCCGCAUGAAAUCUUAUCGUCCACGCGCAUGGACUUAGGUGAGUGUCCUAAAAUACAUGACUUGGCUCUACGUGCAGAUUAUGAGCUAGCCACAAAAUCCAAAGACUAUUUCUAUGACAUUGAUGCUACAGAACAUUUAGAAGCAUUUAUCGCUGACUGCGACCGACGCACGACAGCUGCUAAACAACGUCUCGCGGAGACUCAGGAGGAAUUGUCUGCAGAAGUGACGGAGAAGGCUAACUCCGUUCAUGAGCUGGCAGAGCAGAUAGGACAGAAGCUCGCCCGGGCCGAGGCUCUCGGUGAAGAGGGAAUGGUAGAGGAGAGUGUAAAGUUGAUGUGGGAGAUUGAUGAAUUAAGGAAAAAGAAGGCUGUGGCGGAACAGGAGUAUCGUAACUCGAUGCCUGCUUCAUCAUACCAACAGCAGAAGCUGCGCGUGUGUGAAGUGUGUUCCGCGUACUUGGGUAUACACGACAAUGAUAGACGACUGGCUGACCACUUUGGGGGUAAAUUACAUCUUGGCUUUAUAACCAUUCGAGAGAAACUAGCAGAACUCAAGAAAAAUGUAGACAAACGUCGCGAGGAGCGCGGCGCCUCUGAACGAGACCGCAGCGCUUCUGAGCGAGAUCGCAGCGGGCGGCGGCACUACGUCGGCGGGCGCGAGUUGGACCGGCGCGCGCGCAGGCACCGCGAGACGCGCGGGAAAGACGAGCGGCCGAAGGAGCCCGAGCGUGAACGAGGCAAGGACGAGCGAGCCAACCGCGAGCGAGAGAGGGAUCGCGAUCGUGAGAGGGAGAGGGAAAAGAGACGCAGUCGUUCUCGUAGCCGCAGCAAGCGCGAGGGUUCGCGCGAACGGUCGCGCGGCCGCGACCGAGAACGCGAGUCGCGUCGCAGUCGCUCCUACCGGUCCACGUCGCACGACCGUCGCCGCGACUAAAUUGUCAUCGAUGUACCAUAUCUAGGGACUUGUGCACUCCGAAAUCUCACUAUAAGCUUCAGUUCGAAAGAUAAGUUUUUGAGUUCCGAAUUUCUAUUUUCUGCUGACUUGUAAAAAUGGCAAAUAGAUAUGGUCGGUUUUUGAUGCAGAGCUCAUCUAUACACAACAUUCCUAGAUGUGGUAAUUGAAACCAAUCUAUUUGGAGAACACUCAUUUUUUAUUUUAACUUGAAAACAUGAAAGAUCACAUAUUUAUCCUGGACGAGGUCUGAGUCGUUAUCCAGAUAACUUCUUAUAUAAUACCAUUUAAUAAUAACGUUAAGUAAAAUGAAUUACGAAUAUUUUGGGUGUAUGAACUAUGUACGUGAAAUAUUAGUUAAGUGACAAAAUUUGUUCAGCCAGUCAUGUAAACUAUUAUAAGUAGAUGUCAUUUCCUGAGAAUCUGAGUACCUAAAUUUCACCCAAAUUGGUUUAGCAGUUGUCGUGUAAAUAGAUUACAGACAGACACUAUAUCGCUUUUAUGAUAUUAAAAAUGGAUUUAAUAUUAUUUUUUCUCUGAACUCGACCAUAUGCCCAAAUAUCCGUAAUUGGUUCUAUUUAACUUAUUGUUACAUUGAGUAUACAAGUGAAGGUGAAUUUUAGAUAGGUUUGUUGCAUGAAUAUUUUAGAUAAAAUUUUCGUGUAACGUUCAUGUAAAUCAGUGUUUUAUUUGAUAUUUUACAUUACAACUGAAACAGAACUAUUAUGUUGAUAAUAAGGUAUGGUGAGAAUUAAUUUUAUAUUAUAUAUUAUUAGUGAAGCGUGGUUAUUAUUUAUUAGGAAAAUGAACUGUACUUUUGUAAGAUAUCAAAUAAAACUGUUGAUAACUUUAUCUUGUUUUAUUAUGAUUGAUAAGACCUUGAGGAAAUGGUGCAUUACUAAUCGAAUCAUUUACACUAUAUUAUAGGGAAUAACACGCAAAGGUUAUUCCCUUUAAAAUGAUGCCCCUUUAAAAAGGAGCAGAGAGUGCUACUAGCACAACAGUGCUCCCAAAGUGAUAAUGCGCAUAGAAAUCUUCGUAAUUUUUCGGCAACGAUCGUA